CCAGAGAAGCGGGCCGCUUCUGAAGCUCGCCGCGGCCGCACAUUUGCAAAACUCUGAUAAAGUGCUAAUGCAUUUGCUAUUUUAAGUUUAAGUGACUUGUGAUCAACAAUCUAGUGAAAAGAUAGACCGCAUGACUCCGUCAAAAUGACGAACGACUCGCAGACCCUAGUUGACAUUUUCAAUGAAAUACUCGCUGCAUCUGGGAACUCAUCGGACAUAACUAUCAAUCAGACAAAAAUAUUAUCUGCACUAAAGGAACAAGCAUCUAAAGAAAGUAUAAAGGAGAAUAUUGGAUCUGUGUUAGCCAAAGUAGUGAAUGAUGCUAAGUUUAACCUGCCAAAGAAGCCGGAGUCCUGCGGAUACUGUGAUGGUGACUUCAGAGAUGUUUUGGAAGCUUACAAUGGCAUUCAUGGAUACGUCAGCUUAAUAGUUUGUACAAUUGGCGUGCUGGCAAACACAAUGAACGUGGCAGUUCUUACCCGAAGAGAUAUGGCCGCAGCGCCCAUCAAUCGUUUACUGAAGUGGCUGGCGGUAGCUGACGUUUUUGUGAUGCUGGAAUAUGUCCCGUUCUCCAUUUAUAAAUACCUGCUACUUCCGGAAACACUGGACUUUUCAUAUUCCUGGGCGAUGUAUCUGCUGUUCCAUAUGCAUUUUGCUCAGAUACUGCAUACAGCCUCGAUUUGCCUCACAUUGUCGUUAGCUAUAUGGAGAUAUAUCGCGAUAAAAUACUCAGACCGAAGUCACAUCCUAUGCACCGAGAGGCGCUGCAGUAUCGCAAUAUUGAGCAGUUUCAUUCUCCCACCAAUAUUAUGCAUACCAACAUUCAUGGUAUUUGACAUUCAUACACAAAAUGUCAGUGACACUCGGGGACGCCCUGAAUUAGCAUAUCACGUAGACUCGAACAGCCAAGGUAUCCUUUACCAAUUAAACUUCUGGGUACACUCCGUGUUAAUCAAACUGUUACCUUGUUCGAUUCUAACAAUUAUCAGCCUUUGGCUUAUUCGGGCUUUAUACAGUGCUAAUCAACAUCAAAAGAAUUUAAGAAACUAUAGCUCAUGUCCUGCCGCCGAGAAAAUGGUGAAGCGGCAACAUAAGGCUGACAAACGGACUGAUAGGACCACGAAGAUGCUGCUCGCAGUUCUACUUCUCUUCCUAGUGACGGAACUUCCGCAAGGGAUUUUGGGGCUUAUGAGCGGGUUGCUGGGGUCUUGUUUCUUUAAACGUUGCUAUGGACUGUUUGGGGAGUUAAUGGAUUUCCUGGCAUUACUGAAUGGAGCGAUAAACUUCAUCUUGUAUUGCUCGAUGUCGCGUCAGUUCAGACAGACGUUUCGGCAGCUACUGUUACAGAAACACUUUGCUAGAUUCCUUCCACCCACCGGCUCGCAUUCGGAUUCGCAUAACCAGAACACGUACACAGUAAAGAUAAAAAGGUAACUACAGCCGAGCAACACUAAUAUUGAGUAACUAUUAUCAAGACAUCCGUGCCUUGAGGGCGGGCGGCACAAGGUAAUGCUCCCUUAGUUUGUGAACAUUACCUGUGAAUUGGGAUCAAAUACUCGGACAAUGUGAAAUGUGAGAUUAUUUGCGAACAUGAUAUAAGUUUUGUGCAUUUAUUUUUCUUAUAUUUUAAUAUUUAAGAUAGUUUUUCAGUGUACAGAUAACAUUGAGCUUUGUGAAAUCUUUGAGAUUUAAACACGUUAAAAUUGACGCUGAAACACACUAUUGUGUAACUAAAAUGUCUUUAUGGCAUAAUAAAAUUUAUACGCCAUAUUGAGGGCGCUAGAUAUAUUUUUAAAUGUGUAGCAUAGAACUAGUAUACGAAAUGCUAUUAAAAGCUAGAUUUUAUGAUACAAUGAAAUAAGUCACUUAUUUGGAAAGUUUGUUGUUUUAAGUUGACUAGUAUAUACACGCUUAUAGUGUUAAUAAGCACGUAAUCGAUCAACGAUUUAAACUUUUAAAUGAUUAAAACAAAUUAAAGGCAAAUGUAUACGCUGUUACAAGCGUUAUUAUUAUAAAGUAUACUAUUAUGUAUAUAUUAAACGCAAAACAAAACAUUAAACCACACUAAAUGUCACUUCUUAAAUCAAAAGUCUAGAACGAAUGAGAAGUGAUACUAAACUCUCUGCCAAUCUUUUUAUUCGUUAACUAUAUUAUUAUAGGUUUAAUCAGACUCUGUGACUGUUUAUGAUCUCGCAAUAAUAGGUACCAUAACUCUUUUCAUUUACGACCUGCCAAUGCUUUCCAAUACCUACCUAAGAUUCUGUUCUCGUAGGAGACACUUUUGCAUGGGCAGGUAGAAUAUACCGCAGUCUGUUAAGGAAGAAGUUCGUUAUCAUCGGUAAUAACUUUAGUAACAAGUCUGCGUCGGUACUGUGUAAUUUCUGUAAGGUCAUUGAAUGCAAUUUCGAUAUAGUUAUUUAAAUGUGUAAUGUAUCGCUGGGAGUAAUUAAACAAGAACAUGAUCUAGAUUUUGCACUAAAGAAUGUUAACGUCGGUGGCCUUUAUGACGAAUCAUUCAACCCUGAAGACCUGGGUCUCUUGACGUAUUUGUGUGCAAGUUCGAUGUAGUUCUCUUAAUAUCUGAAGCUUUGACGUCGUGACCUUCGAGGCUACAAAAACUCGCUAUUGAGAUCGGAAUCGCUUUUAGAGGUUUCAGAACCAACAUAUAUUUUAAAGUACAUAUGUCACCGGACAUAUACAUAAACCUACCUAUAGCACAAGUAAUACUUAAAUUUAAUGUAUACGAUAGAAUUAUAAGCUUACAAAGUUUAAAAAAUGAAUGUUUCAAUGAUAAAAGAUUACUUGAUAAAACAUAAGUUUACUUUUUAGUUUUUCUACUGAAAAAAGCAAAAAAUCUAAAUAAAUCAAACAUUAUUCAGACCUGUGAUUUUUGAAAUAUCUCUAUUAAGCCCAGGCAUACAAUAUAGUAUAUUUUUACAAUAAUAAUUACGGCUAAAUACUUAAUUACAUCUUAUAGCGUCGUCGCACCGCCGAGCCAGGGUUUGUGAUAAGAUACAUGUUUCUAUAAUUUAUGUAUAUUAUUUGGUGCUUAGUCUAAUCUAAAAUUCUGUUUUAUAAAUUAAGACUCAAAUAUGAACAUUUGCGACGUAUUUUGAAGAGCCUGUAAAUUAAUGUAAGAUUUUAUUGUCAUUAAAAAAUUGUAUAAUUUCGAAUUUCAUAACUAUAAUUUCUACAAGCGCGCCACUGAUUACAUUAAGUUCAAAAUUUGACAUUGACAUUUGACAAUUGUUAAAUUAACCACAAUAAACAAUCCUGUCCUUGUUUAUAACUUAUAUUAAAUCUAGUCCUUGUAAAUUUUUAAUUCAGAAAACUGAAACAGAACCUAAGUUUUUUUUUACAACCAAGUUGAAUUUGUUAAAUUCGGGAAUCAAGCGUUAUGUGAAAAAUAUAAAGGGACUUUAUUGUCUUUGAUAAUUGUGUUAGUAGGUUUAUGUAAUAGCAUAUAUUAAAAAGAAAUGCUUUAUGUGUAUUAUGUAAAUAAUUUUAUACGUGUAGAAUUUGGGUAAAAUAUUUGCUUGAUAAUGGACUAGUCAACAUUAUU